CCAGGAGUAUAUCUAACUUAUUAAUUAGGUAAAGCUCUUCCAGUUGAUCCGUUUAUUCAUUGUGAUAUGAAUCCCAGUGCAAUAUAUUCCAAUUGAUGCAAUUUGAUUUCUUUGCUCAUACCUCCAUGGUUGCAAAUGCAAGUGAUUGCAGCCCUUAUAAUAAUGUAAAUGAGUUCUAAACAAUUGCAUUUAUGACUGGUAUAAAAGUGCUACCCAGAAAAUGAUUUUCGUCAUUCAACUUUCAGCGUUCCAUCGUUUGAAAAUCACGAAAUGAAGUUCUUCGUUGCAUUGUUUUCGCUUGCCCUGCUUGUUGGGAGCAUGGCCGUCACCGAAGAAGAAAAGGAAGCUGGACGGCAGCUGGCCGGAAAGUGUAUGCAACAGACGGGAACCUCGGAAGAAUCUGUCAAGCGUCUCCGCAGCGGCGAUACCUCCGAUGCCGAUGACAACACCAAGUGUUUCGUCCAGUGCUUCUUCCAGGGUGCCGGAAUCGUCGAUGGCGAGGGAAACAUGCAGGAGGCGUUCGUGACCGAGAAGCUGGCCAAUGAGUAUGACCGUGCCAAGGCCGAAGAAGUGGUUCAAAGGUGCAGAAACAACGCCGGAGCGAACCCUUGCGAACGGUCGUUCACACUGUUGCAGUGCUACGUCGCUAACCGUGCUAGUUUGAUGUAAAGAUUUCAUCCUGGAAAUAACGAACCAUUUUCGAAAAACCUGAUGACGGAAAAAAAAAUACUGCAAAUGAUAAAAUCUAAACCUGUUCUUUCCAAACGAAAGGCCUAUAAUGAAUAAAUUUUGAAAUAUUUCGA